AUGGGGUUCGCUCAACCCUUAUACGGUUACAUAGUACCUUUUUUACUGGUCAUAACAAUCAUAGCAAACACAUUAAUAGUCGUGGUUUUAUCAAAGAGACACAUGAGAACGCCGACAAAUUUUGUUUUGAUGGUCAUGGCACUAUCCGACAUGUUCACGCUAUUAUUUCCCGCUCCCUGGCUUUUUUACAUGUACACAUUUGGCAAUCACUACAAACCGUUGUGGCCUGUCGCCGCGUGUUAUUUAUGGAACGCAAUGAAAGAAGAUAUACCUGCAUUAUUUCACACGGCAUCGAUAUGGUUGACAUUAGCAUUGGCUGUACAAAGGUACAUAUACGUUUGUCACGCACCGGUGGCUCGCACUUGGUGCACGAUGCCAAGAGUCAUCAAAUGCGUGGCUUGGAUCUACGUAUUCGCGACCCUUCAUCAAUCUUCUAGAUUUUUCGAUCGAACUUACACUUCGAUAAACAUAACGUGGAACGGUGUGCCUGAUGUGGCCGUUUGCAAAGUUAAUUUAGCCACGUGGGUCACCGACAUCGUGACCGAAGAUGUUUAUUUUACCGUUUAUUAUUGCUUUCGCGUUGUUUUUGUACAUUCUCUGCCCUGUGUUUCGCUGGUGGUGCUCAAUGUAUUGUUGUUUCGUGCCAUGAGAGCCGCGCAACUUAAAAGAAAGGAAUUGUUUAAAGAAAAUCGCAAGUGCGAAAGUAAAAAAAUACGGGAUUCGAACUGCACCACUUUGAUGCUCAUUGUCGUCGUUACCGUCUUCCUAGCUGUAGAAAUACCAUUAGCCGUUAUAACCGUUUUGCAUAUCAUAUCGAGUGGUAUAACCGAAAUAUUAGAUUACAAUAUAGCAAACGUAUUGAUUUUAUUUUCAAACUUUUUUAUCAUUGUUAGUUAUCCAAUUAAUUUUGCCAUUUAUUGUGGAAUGUCACGACAAUUUAGGGAAACUUUUAAAGAGCUUUUCAUACGUGGAGCGAUAACGACGAGAAGAAACGAUGGAAGUUCAAGAUAUUCAUUGGUGAAUGGACCUCGCACGUGCACCAACGAAACUGUCCUAUAA